AUGGAAGAGGAAAAUGAAAAAAGAGUGACCAGCAGUGUAUCUGACAAAGUUGACCAAAUGCUGCAGCUGUUAAGUUUGAAAAUAGAAGUUGAUGAAAAACAAAGUGGCCAGAUUAAGAUUGCAGCCGAUAAGUUUGAAAAAGUUGUGGCCGAUUACGAUGGAAAAUCGAUACCAGUUAAAAAGUGGUUUGAAAUUUUCGAAAGAAAUGCGGAUGCCUACGAGCUUUCAGAAAAACAGAAAUAUGUUCAAGCCAGAGGCAAGAUGGUUGGAACAGCCAAGCUAUUCCUGGAGUCUGAAGAUGUGUGCGGAUAUGAAGAGCUGAAACGUAGUGUGAUCGAAGAGUUUGCAUGCAGUGUGAAUAGUGCAGAUAUACACAAGAAGCUGCAGGAUAGAAAGAAGAAGAAAGAUGAGUCAAUGCACGAGUACAUGUUGCAAAUGAGGAAGAUAGCUGCACUUGGGGACAUUGAAGAUAUUGCUGUAAUUAAUCACAUAGUAAAUGGACUCGACAUUAAAAAUGAAUAUAAGUACAGUAUGUUGCGAUGUAAGUCACUUAAGUCAUUGAAAGAAGAGCUGAAAGCUGAUAAGCUGAAUGUGAAUGAAAAGAAGAGUGAGCAACAGAAAACGAAUGUUAACAACAAGCAAAUGACGUCAGCUGGUAAAAAAGAUCAUUGCUAUAAUUGCGGUUCGACAGAGCAUAAAAGAAAGGAUUGCAAUGCCAGCACAAAAUGCUUCAGUUGCAAUCGAGAGGGUCAUAUUUCGUGUAAUUGUCCUACAAAAGUUGAAAAAGUUAAUAAAGUUGUAUACGAGAACAGACGCACCAAAAAGAUAAAAGUCAACAAUCUUGAAGUAGACUGUCUGGUGGACACAGGAUCGGAUGUGACGUUGACAAAGGCAAAUAUCGUAGAUCAAAUAAAGAACGUAGAGCUUACUAAGACUGCCUCAGUAUUGCGUGGAUUGGGCAAUGCCACGACACAACCAACUAGAUGUUUCAACGCGCAAGUAGUGGUCGAUCGGCUGUCAACUGACCAAAAUUUUAUUGUUGUGCCUAGCAAUAAAAUGGAAUACGAUGUACUGCUAGGGCACGAUUUCAUCAAUAAAUUUCGCAUGGUUGCUGACAAGCGAGGAUAUACAUUUUUGAAUAUGGAAGAAAGCUCGAUGCAUAAUGAUGAGUAUGAAGUAUAUAAUAUUUGCGAAGAGUCUUCUUUUACAGUUUCGCCAAAGUAUCGAAAGCCUGUCGAGCAGUUGAUAGAGGACACCUACGAGAAGCCGCCGCAAGUUGUUAAACAGUGUCCUGUCGAGCUAAAGAUAGUGCCAGAUGGAGUGGUUAAGCCGUUUCGCCAUCCACCUGCUCGGUUAUCACCAGAUGAAGCUGCCGCUGUACAGAAGCAAGUAGAAGAGUGGAUUGAUCACGGAGUCGUACGCAAAUCGUCGUCAAAUGUUGCAAGCCGAGUAGUUGUUGUUAAAAAGAAGAAGCGUCAAAAGCAACGUGAAGAGGCGAGACGAAAUAUAGAGCAGACACAGCAGGUCUACAAACGCAAUUUCGACAAGAAGCGUUGGCUAGAGCAGACAUAUAAAAUUGGAGAUCUUGUCGCCAUAAAGAGAACGCAAUUUGUCGCCGGACGUAAGCUGGCAAGCGAGUAUCUUGGUCCAUACGAGAUAACAAAGACGAAGGGAAAUGGGCGAUAUGACGUUCGUAAGGCAGCUGAUGUUGAAGGGCCUAAUAUCACUGCUUCUAGCUGCGACAAUAUGAAGCUCUGGAGGUUUGUUAUGGACAACGAGGAGUGA